UCCUUUUUGAAGUGGAAACUCGUAGAUUUCCUCCCACUGGCUAUGGCUCAGUAAAAGUUAAAUCUAUGCCAAAAGCAAUUCCCCUGUCUUCUGUUCGUUCCUGUUCUGUUAUUUUAUUUCUCGUAAGUGAAUCGAUAGGUAGCGAUAGCGGAUUCGCGCCACUAGCGGAACAAGAAAAGGAUGCUCCUCUCUUGAUAUUGAUCCGUCUAACUUCUUCAAGGUUGUCAGCUUUUAACGACCACCCUCACCAGGUUGUCGAUCUUUUUUCACUUGCACACAUAUUUUCUGCUUUUGUUUAUACUUUAAACUUCAUUUUCAACAAUGACGUUCUGGGAUUGAUAGUGUUUAAAGUUGGCUUUCAAGAUCCAAUGAGCAAAAUAGUCACAGGAAAUGAAGAUGAUGUGACUCCCUACAACUGGUUUGGUGUCAAAAGCAAUCAUACUUCCAAUGGUCACAUCGUCAUAAAGUUGCAAUUCCUUCACAUAUUCAUUUGCCAACAACUUUACUGGUAAAAUCAACUUUGCUCUUUCUCAUCUUGGAGGAAGUCCAUUGUUGUAUACAUCCAUAAGUUUCUAAUGAUCCUCAUGGACUGCUCGUCAUCUUCCCUUGCAUAAAAGAUCAUAUUGGAUGAUUUUUAAUUUUGCUUCUGGAAUGUUUAGAUCUAUGUAUUUGUGGUUCUGGAAUGUCUAAGUAGGCUGUAUUUUUCGUAUUCCUAUUAUUUUGGAAGGAGUGUAUCUCUACAUUUUUAUUUGUACUUAAUUAUGUUAUUUUAGAA